GGGACCCAGAGCAGCAAGCGCUGAUCUGAGAACGAGAGAGACAUAAUCUUGGUCGCGUGGAAAUGCUGUUGAAAUAAAUCUCAAGCUCGUCUAUUAUCAUCAGCUUUUUCAAGAUAAUUGCUGAACAGAUAACAACCAAUACACCCUAUAGUUUCCGAGUUGUUGCCGUGAAGCCCCUUUCGAUUCUUGCUGAGAAUUUCAAAUGGCUGAUACUAAAUGGACUGCAAUAGUGAUCACAUGUCAAAAGAAAGAAAGUGCAAGGGCCUUUCAAGAGGAGUUGGAGAAUAGACAGAGGAAAGGUCACGUUGAUCCCCAAACCCUUCUUCUAACGGUGGAGGAUCCGCUCUCGAAGGUCGGCAGUGGGGGCGCUACACUCAAUGCUCUUCUUGUGGUUGCUGAACAUCUGAGUCAACAACAGGGCUACACAGUUGUAAAUAGUGAUGUUUUGGCUGAGGCUAAGAUCUUGAUUCUUCAUGUGGGUGAAGCCUUCCCGUUUGAUCCGUGUGGUCGAGGGUUUGUAACCCUUCCCUGCAAGUAUAGUAGCAGUGAGACAAUAGGCUAUGAUGGACUCGUUACGAACAUUGAUUCAAUCAUCCAUACAAUCUCAACCAAGCUGAGCGUGGAGAGUCCAGCUGGAGUAUGGGUGUCCAGUACUGAUAUGCUACUGACCAUACCAUCAAGUGGUCAGAAGAUAGACUGGUCAUCCAGUGAGGACAGUGCUUAUAUCUUUGCAGUUCCUGCCAGUGAUACCUAUGCUAAGAACCAUGGUGUUAUCAAGUUAAAUCAAGAGGGUUUUGUUGAUGAUAUAUUCUACAAGCCUGUACCAACCCACAUGAAGCAAUGUACACUACCCGAUGGCAAAGUUUCUCUGGUCUGUGGUGUUGUUUUCUUUCCCUCAAGAAUUGCUGAGAAGCUUCUGUCAUGUCAUGUGUGUCCCCCUCUCGAUGCCUGCACCUACAUGGGAUUAGACAGUGGUGUCAAACCUAUACAGAUGUCACUGUUCUUUGAUUUCAUCCUACCGAUUGCUAGCAGUAAAGACAAAGAGGAUUAUAUUUCUGGGGAAAGAUGUAAAGCAUAUGAUAACUCGUUGCGCCCUCAAUGGUCCGAAGCAGAACUCCAAGUUAGGAGAACAGCCAGGUCUGUCCUGUGGAAUCAGUUCAGAGGACUCAGAUUGAAAGGAGUGGUGUUAGAGGAUGGUCGCCAUGACUACCAAACUGUGAAUGCUGCCAUGCAUCUCCGUCAUCUUGUAAACUGUCCAAUGAGAGUAGAAGAUGAUAAUUUUUCCUGGUCCAACACAACUCACUGCUUUAUUGAGGAAGGAUGUCUUUUACUGGAUGAUAGUCAUGUGAUCAACUCUAUCGUGGGGUCAGGGGUCAAUGUUACCGGCAAGUCAACCAUCAUACUACACAGUCAUCUCCAGUGCAAGAUGAACAUAGCUAAGGAUUCCUACCUCAUGAAUAUUGAUAAAGAGGCCUCAGAGGAGCUUGAGAAUGUUAGUCUACCAGACAGCAUAUUCCUUCAAGGAUUCAACCUAUGCUUAGGUCAUUAUCCUAGAAUCAAGACCAGGGUCUAUACAGUCAUGGGAAAAUUUGACUCUGUUAUGACACCAUUUGUGAAAGGAACGAGUACAUUCUGUAACUCACCUUGGGCCGUCUUCUUCACAAGAACUGGAGUGGAUAGGGAGGAUCUAUGGGCUGCAAACUUGUCUGAUUAUGAGCGUACAUUGUACAAUGCUAAGCUCUUUCCGGUGAUGGCUUGUCAGAACUCCAUCGGUAUGAAGGAGGCCCUCUGGCUGCUGAACGGAGAGAAGGACGAAGACAUGCUUGAAAGAUGGCGGUCAGCAUGGAGGUUAUCCCUAGAAGAAAUCAUGACCAAUAUUGACCUUUCAUCAGAGUUCCAGUGGAGGAGGGAGAUGUUCACAGAUGUUGGACUGAUCAGAGUAGAAGAUAUCUUGAUGAACAGUAGGAACCAAGGUGUUCUACCAUUCCUCAAAUGUGCUGUCAUUGAAGGAUGUGCGCAACAGAUGCUUGAUACGCUCGAUGCUAUUGCCUGUAAGUGUAAUUCAGCUGGCAUAGCAGCGCGUUGCCUGGCCUGUAUAGCUGACGUCCUUGGUACGAUGGCUGGAGGAAAGGGUGGAUUAAGGAGUGGACCCGGUGGGAAUAAGACAUGGACGGAUGCUUUCCAGUUACUAGAGGCAGGAAAGAUGCAAGAUGGUAUUCGUUCCCUCGCAAACCAUCGCUCUCAGUGGUUAGACCGUCCUGAUCGGCUUAUGAGAGCAGCUCGGCACUAUGAGGGCGCAACACAGAUACUCAUCAGACAUGCUAUUAUGCUGGCCAGACAGUUUAUCAAGACGAGUCCCUGCGAUCUUCCUCCAAUGGGUAAAUGGGUAACAGCUUUGUGUCCUUCACGUAUUGACCUAUCGGGAGGUUGGACCGAUACUCCACCGGUCACAUAUGAGUAUGGAGGGGCUGUUGUCGAUGCAGCUAUCCUGUUAGAUGGGGAAAAGAAAAUAGGAGCAAAGGUCAAAAGAAUACCUGAACCCAAGCUAGUCCUGGUCCUCGGUAAAGAGUCGGGUGGAACUGAGAUUGUCUGUGAAGAGCUCAAAGACCUUGCCAACUACACCAACCCACAGGCACCGGGGGCAUUAUUGAAAGCAGCAUUCUGUUGUGCAGAGGUUGUUACCUUUCCAAGUAGUCAAAGUCUGAAAGAUCAGCUAGAGCAGAGGUAUGGAGGAGGCUUUGAACUACACACAUGGGCUGAUCUACCUCGCGGAUCAGGUCUUGGUACUAGCAGUAUCUUAGCUGGUGGGGUAAUGGCUGCUCUCUGGAGGGCAUCUGGAAAGACCUAUGAUCAUGAUUCUCUCAUACAUGCUAUUCUUCAUCUAGAGCAGAUGCUGACAACUGGAGGUGGCUGGCAAGAUCAAGUAGGAGGUCUGACUCCUAGGAUCAACAUAGGACGCACCACUCCCGGUCUUCCAUGUAAAGUUGAGAUCUCUCCUGUACCCAUCAGUGAUGAGGAUCAUGAAUACUUCAACCAGCAUUUCAUCCUGGUCUACACAGGCAAGACUCGACUAGCCAGGAAUCUCUUACAGGAUGUGAUCCGUAAUUGGUAUGCCAGGCAACCUCUCAUUGUACACAAUUGCCAACAGCUCAUAGACAAUGCUGAAGAAUGUGUGAGGGCUUUAAAAAAAGGUGACUUUGAAAAGGUUGGGGAAUGUAUGAAUAAAUACUGGUCACAGAAGAAGAUCAUGGCACCGGGAAGUGAACCUCGUGUCGUCUCUAAGAUGAUGGCAGCUCUCAAACCAAUCGUUCAUGGUCAGGUCUUGGGUGGGGCUGGUGGAGGAGGGUUCAUGUAUGUCUUAACCAAGGAUCCAAACCAGGCAACCAAGGUCAGAGAGAUCAUCGCUGGCAUUGAGGGCACCCAAGAUGUUACUGUUCAUGAAGUAAAACUGGAUACGCAGGGUCUAUUGGUAGAGAUAGAGGAAUAACACUU